AGAUUACUAGUUACUAGUUUAAUUUUCUGAAGGGGAGAGGCAGAGUGAAAGGUUGAACGCGAUCAAAAGAACGAAAGAGCAUUGGUAGAACGUGGACUCCUAGCCUUCUUUCAUCCUUAGACCUACUUAUCUUAAUGGAAUGUUGAUAUCUACAAGCAACAUAACAAUGUCAAAGAAAUUUGUAGUGGGGCUUAUCUUCUUCAGAAUAAACACCUUUUAGUUUUCUUCCAAAAUUUGGACAGAAAAAAUGGAUUUGGCGAUGGGGUUGAAGAGCGGGUUUACCAUAUUGGGGUGUGUAAUUACAGCAACGGUCAUCUACACCGUCAUCAGCGACGGUCUUCCUUUCCGCAUCGAACUCCUUACUCCGUGGAUGGCUGUAACAUUGAUUGAUUUUUACAUCAACACCUUUGCAAUUGGGGCUUGGGUUGUGUACAAGGAAACAAGCUGGACCUUUGCUGUUCUCUGGGUUGCUCUACUUAUAUGCUGGGGAAGCAUUACAACAUGCAGCUAUAUUGUCUUGCAGCUCCUUAAACUGUCACCUAAAGAAUCAAUGCAAGAUCCAAUUUACUAUGUUUUGCUACGCCGUGGGAAAACGAACAGAGCAGAAAGUAAUAAAAAGUUCCCUGUUGGAAUUGCAAAAGCUGUGUUCAUUGCUUUGGGCUGUCUAAUGUUAGGAGCAUUGAUCUACACCAUUGUCACAGAUGGAUCUCCCUUUCGCAGAGAAUUAUACACACCGUGGGUAUCUGCAACAUUAGUUGAUUUAUACAUUAGUAUUGUGGUUCUUUCGGUCUGGGUUUCAUACAAAGAGUCGAGUUGGAUAAGUGCUGCUUGUUGGAUAGUUUUACUAGCAUGUUUGGGAAGCUUUAGCACGUGUAUCUACGUUGUUGUACAGCUAUUCCGCCUCUCUUCUCAAGAUCCCGUCUACUAUAUUCUUUUCAAAGGUCGUAACAGGGCAGAAGAUUAGAAGAAGGCAAUGAAGAAACAUUGAAAGAAGGCAUAAGCGUGGAAGAUACCUAGCUAGCGCUCUUGAGCUGAUUUGGUCAUGGAAAUCCACUCUUCUGGCUUUCCACUCAAAAACCAUUCAAUGUUCUAAUUUGGAUUUUCGAAUUUGGAAUAGUUUCGCAGCUGGUUACCAGGAAACAUCAAUACUCAAAUUAUACAUCAAAAUUUGGGUAUCCUUUAUCAAUUAUCAUUGUGGAUGAAUGAAAUCAUCCACGAAACAGUAUAGUUUGCCUCAUUGUCCCAACCGUGAGUGUGCGACUCUGUAACGAUAUUCAAUGUGAAUCACUUGCACCAUCUUAAAAUGGAGUUGCAAUUCCCGUAUAUAAGUUUGCAAUAAAUAAAUCAAGUACUUUGUGGUCUAAUAAAUCAUUGUGGUCCUACCAAAGAAGAUGUUACAAGUUUAAGCUUUAUCUUAAUUAUAAGAAUACUG